AGUUGAUGACGUCAUCAUUGAUAGGCUGGUUCUUCACUUCAAGGGUGCAGAAGGAGAGUGUAUGCGGCGACUGUUCCUGACGUCUAAUUGUGCUGUGCGACAUUUGCCACUGAAGAAAGGAGAAGAUGGUGGUAGUGGGAAAGACUAGCGCUAUAGCCGCCGGGGUGUGUGGGGCGCUCUUUCUAGGUUACUGCAUUUAUUUCGACAGAAAAAGGAGAAGCGACCCCGAUUUCAAGAACAGACUGCGGGAAAAGAGAAGAAUACAGAAACUAGCUAAAGAAAGAGCCGGGCAGUCGAGGCUUCCUGAUCUUAAAGAUGCUGAGGCUGUUCAAAAGUUUUUCCUUGAAGAAAUUCAGUUGGGGGAAGAGUUGCUUGCUCAAGGUGAAUUUGAAAAAGGAGUUGAUCACUUAACAAAUGCCAUUGCUGUUUGUGGACAACCUCAACAGCUGCUUCAGGUUUUGCAGCAGACUCUCCCGCCACAAGUCUUUCAAAUGCUUCUGACCAAAUUACCUACAAUUAGCCAGAGAAUUGGAAGUGCUCAGAGUCUGACUGAAGAUGAUGUGGAGUAAAAUGUCUGCAUAUGUUAAUUUAGACCAAAUUUUGUUCUGUUGCAAAAUUAAACUGUUAUUACUGAA